AUGGCUACUAAAGCUGCUUACAAGAGAUUGACCAAAGAAUACUUGGCCGUCCAGAAGAAUCCACCACCAUACAUGCUAGCAAAACCGCUAGAAAAAAACAUUCUUGAAUGGCAUUAUGUUCUACGAGGACCUCCUGACACACCUUAUCAUAAUGGAGAGUAUCAUGGUGUUUUAUUAUUCCCACCGGAGUAUCCUUUCAAACCUCCUUCUAUUCGUAUGACGACACCUUCUG